GACGUGUUUGUCGGUGACAUGGUCCUUGACCUGCUGCGCCCUUUCUGCCUUGACAGUAGUGUCACAAUUCAUGUGCGCCUCAAGGUGCUCGAGAUACUUGAGAAGAAUGUAUCGCUGAACGCCGACGAUGAGAAUCUCCUACUGCUCCUUCAAGUGCAGACACUAAUUUGGUCUGAGUGGCCAGACUACGAGCUUGACGAAUGCACUGAACUGGACGGUGACAAGAGGCAGGCCAUGUUUGAUGAACUCCUUCAGCGCUGCAGCACACAGUCGGGCUUUGUCGUCCUUGGAAAGCUCCUUCAGUGUGGUGAACCCCUGGAUUCCACAUCAGAAUUAGAUCCAGAAAAGAAUCCUUGGACUCAACUGAUAGGCCAUAUGCUUUUAGUUUGUGAUGGAGGAUCAGGCUUGGAUGAAGCCGAAAGCCUGUUCUUAACUGCGAUCAAGAACUGUAACCUCAAUUUAGAAUGUUGCCGUUAUAUUUUCUGCGAAUUCGAGAAGAAGAACAGCCUGAUUCACAUACUUCGAACAUUUCUUCAGACUGAUUAUCCACAGCUCCAUAGUGAUGCAAUUGCAUUCCUCAGGCAUGUUGAUAAGAUUUCGGAAUGCGACUAUGACGAGACUGUGCUGAACAGGAUUUUACAGCUGAGAUUGCUUCCUGACGUGGUGUCAACGCCACUGUAUCAACCAGUCGUAGACCACCUGAUCGCUAACAGGGGCUCCGCUGAAAAGCACUUUAGCAUUGAGGAAGCAACGAGGAGCCUCACCGAUGCCAAUAUGCUGGCGGAAGCUGGCACGCUGUUGCUACAAUCAUCACGCACACACCCUGCCGCGUGCACCUUCAACGCAGCUGUGAAUGCUGCGAGGCGGUGGCUUCGAGGGGUGGCCAGUGAACCUUAGUGAAUUGUACAUUUCUCUAGAAGCUAUAGACU